AUGACUGUGUUGCCAAAGAAGGCGGUGGAGGCUACUGCAAAGGUAGACGCAUCAGCCGCAACGAAGCCAGCAGAGGCCGAAGCAGCAGGGAAGGCAGAUGGAGGUUUGGAGAAGAAGAGUGAGGGUGAGGGAAAAUCGGAGACUGUGGCCCCCAAUAAGGCAGCGCCUGCGUUGCUUCCAAAGGAGUCUAUGACUGUGUUGCCAAAGAAGGCGGUGGAGGCUCCUCCAAAGGCAGACGCAUCAGCCGGAACGAAGCUAGCAGAAGCCGAUGCAGCAGCAAAGGCAGAUGGAGGUUUGGAGAAGAAGAGUGAGGGUGAAGGAAAAUCGGAGACUGUGGCCCCCAAGAAAGCAGCGCCUGCGUUGCUUCCAAAGAAGUCUAUGACUUUGUUGCCAAAGAAGGCGGUGGACGCUCCUGCAAAGGCCGAUGCAUCUGCCACAGCGAAGCCCGCAAACGCCGAUGCGGCAGCAAAGCCCGGAGGCGCGUUGGAGAAGAAGAGUGAGGGUGAGGGAAAAUCGGAGACUGUGGCCCCCAAUAAGGCAGCGCCUUCGUUGCCUACUGCGAAGACGCCGGUGACUGCGGCAAAGGCAGACGCAUCAGCCGCGACGAAGCCAGCAGAGGCCGCAGCAGCAGCGAAGGCAGAUGGAGGUUUGGAGAAGAAGAGUGAGGGUGAAGGAAGAUCGGAGGUUGCCACUCCCAAGAAGGCAGCGCCUGCGUUGCUUCUAAAGAGUCUAUGA